AGUCAACGAGAACCUUGGCCUGGCCAUCAUUCACACGCUCUUUCUGCGUGAGCACAAUCGAAUUGCCCGCUCACUGGAGGCGCUAAAUCCCGGCUGGACCGAUGAAGAGCUUUUUGAGGAGAGUCGAAAGAUAGUGGGCGCCAUACUGCAGCACCUCGCCUACUCCGAGUUUCUCCCCUACCUUCUCAAUGAGGAGACGCGAUCAGAGAACGGACUGCUCCUGCAGCCUGACGGCUUCUACCACGGCUACGACAUGACGGUCAACCCGACGGUGGGCAAUGCAGUGGCCAACGCCGUGCUGCAGUACCUCUUCACGACGAUGCCCUCCUCUAUGGAACGGUACUCGCGUGACCUCAACGUCAUGGGCUACAUGAAGAUGAGCGAGCAGUUCUUCAAUCCCAGCGAGAUGUACGCCAACAAGUUUGACGAGUACCUCUUGGGGAUGAUCAGUCAGAGUGCCAAGGGGGCGGACCCCUUUGUGGCUGAGGAGAUGACCAACAGUCUGUCGGAGGACGCCCGCGAGGGCUUUGACUUUGUCGCCUUUGCCAUUCAGCGAGGGCGUGAUCAUGGGCUUCCCGGCUACCUCGAGUAUCGGCGAUCUUGUAAGGUAGAGCCGACUGUAACGAGAUUUGACGAUCUGACCACUGUCAUGAAGGCCGAUGUUAUCAAAAAGCUCAAGGGGCUGUACAAAGACGUUCGCGACAUUGACCUCUUCACGGGCGGCCUGUCGGAGCGGCCAAUGAGCGGCGCCCUGGUCGGCCCCACCUUUGCCUGUCUCCUCGGGCGGCAGUUCAACUUUCUCCGCCGUGGCGACCGUUUUUGGUACGAAAACGACAUGCCACCGUCUGCCUUCACCCGGGAACAGUUGAAUGAAAUUCGCAAGGUCACCCUGGCGCGAAUCCUCUGCGACAACGGCGACGCCGUGGACUUUGUACAGCCGCAGACGAUGGUCUCCUCCGAUCCCUUUCUCAACGCCUUUCAGCUGUGCAGCACGCGGUCCAUCUUUGAGCCGAUGGACUUUAGCCACUGGAAGGCGGUAGAGGCGCCAGCCAGCGUCGGCAACAUUACCAUCAGUGAUCAGCUGCUGAAGAGGGAGCUGACCAGGGCGCGAAGAGAGGCAAAUGAGCUGUUGGAGCGGGAGCUGGCGCUGGAAAGUGGUAGAAGUGCAGCUGACAAUGUCGUCAGCGCCAGUCAG